ACUUCAUGGUUUACGUUUUUCUGUAAUUUGGAGUAACACGUCGCUAUUUACUUUCACAAGAUAAUAACAUAAAUCAAAAAAUAAUUAAACAAAAUAUUUUAGGAUUAAUCUUAAAUAUAUUUUUAAUAUUUAUAAUAAAAAAUGUCUUAUCAACUAUACAGAAAUACAACAUUAGGUAAUACUCUUCAAGAAAGUUUAGACGAGCUUAUUCAGUAUGGACAAAUCACUCCUCAACUUGCAAUCAAGGUUUUACUACAAUUCGACAAGGCUAUUAACCAAGCUCUUGCCAAUCGAGUGAGAUCUCGAUUAACAUUCAAAGCUGGAAAACUCAACACCUACCGGUUUUGUGAUAAUGUGUGGACUUUUAUGUUGAAUGAUGUUGAAUUUAGAGAAGUUCAAGAAGUGGCUAAUGUUGGAAAAGUUAAAAUUGUUGCCUGUGAUGGAAAAACUUUGGACACAGAUGCUCUUGGAAAACGAUAACAAUGGCUAUACAUUUAUUGGAUAUCUAAAGUUAAUGUAAUGAGUUUUAUACAUAUGUAUUAUUUCUCUAUACUAUUUUAAUAUUUAAAAAAUUUUGUUGAUUGAUACUGCUUAAAAUGUUUGAUUUUAAUGCUUUUUUCUGUAUAAAAUCAUACUUCACUUACU